AUGCGAUCAGCACCCAGUCCUCCUUGGGCUGCAGACCCUCCUCCUGGCGAAACUCAGCAUGUCGAAGAUCCUCCAAGCAUAUCUGGCAUCGCCGUCGGAUUCGGUGCCUUUUCGACCAUCCUGGCAUUUGUCGUGGUGUGCCUGCGUAUCUACGCCAGGGCCUUUGUCGUCCGCGGACUGAAAGCUGAUGACUAUCUCAUGAUAAUUUCUUUGGGCUUCAUGAUUGGUUUCUUUGUUCUCUGCAUCCAACUCACGAAGUUCGGAGUAGGACAUCACAUGUGGGACGUGCUUUUGGUGGACUAUUCUCCUAGCAUCCUCAAGCUCACCUUCUUCGUGCAAAUUAUUGGCUGCCUGAUGAUCUCAUUCAACAAACUCUCAGUUCUCGCCCUUUAUCUUAUCAUCACGCCAAAGAAGAAAUUCCAAGCCGCCGUGUUCGCCUUGAUGGGAAUUGUGACCGUCUUCACAGUAGCAUUCAUCCGCGUCUUGACUCUGGAAUGUCAUCCGAUAGAAGCCCAGUGGGAUCUGUCGUUGGCCUCUCACCAAUGCAUGAGCCCCUCGGUCGCACCUCUGCUGGUUCUCAGCAUCUUCAACAUCACGAUCGACAUUGCAGUCGUGCUGCUGCCAAUCCACGUCAUCCUGCCGCUUCAAAUACCAAAGAAGAACAAGAUUCAGUGUCUGCUUCUGUUCGCCGCCGGCGGUGGACUUGUAUGUGUGGCUGCCAUCGGCAGGACCGUGACCUUGAGAAACUUCGACGGCGGUCCUGCAGAUAUCGACUUCACCUGGAAGCUAGUACCGGAACUGCUCUGGGCCUUCGUUGAAAUCGGCGUCGGAAUCAUCGCCGCUUCCAUUCCACCCAUCAAGCCGCUCUACAAACGUCUGAUGGCGAAGACGGCGUGCGGAUUCCAGGGCAGCGCACACAAUCAUUCAGGCGUCAAGUUGCAGCACGUUUCGGAUCGAUACAGAGGCCAAAAGGGACAUCAAGUCUACGAACAGCAGGCCAGCGACAGAAUCACUUCGAAAUACGGCUCAGCAGACGAAGAGUUAGGAGUGGUCGCCAAGGACGGUGACGACAUUAACAGCACCUUGGAGAAACCUAUCUUCAACGGGUCUCCCUCCAGAGACCCUCAUGCACAGAGUGGUCGUACGGAGAACAUGCCAAAGUCUGACAGGCGUGGGGAAGUAAUCGUCGCUGAUUUUGCAGCGGCGCACUGA